AUGCGUGAAAAUAAUGAAGAUAAAGAACCUCCGACUCAAGCUGAAAUGUUCAUUGCUACUCGACAAAGUAGGAAAGGAAAGGAGUUGGAUCAAGAAACCAACCAUGCAAUUAUAAAACUUCAAGACUUGAUUAAAAAUCAUGGAAAACCUUCUUCAGAAGCUUUUGAAAGCGUAUUGGGCAAACAAAAACCUGGGAGAUUGCGUUGCCACGGAAGAACCACAACACCGACUCUCUUGAAAAGAAACGAAGAAAUUUCAAAAAUUAAAAGAGAGCAUGCUGCUGAGAUUAGACAAUUUAAUGACAGGUUACAAGAGAUGGAAGAAAAACAUCGUCAAGAUAAAGAAGAAACUGAUAGGAAAAUUCAGGUUCUUCUUAAGACUGUUUUGAAUCAAAAUACCUCCGAGUUGAAUAUAGAGGCUUUGGCAGCUUUGGAUAUCAACUCCUGCAACUGA